CAACUUCAUUCGGCUCCAUCGUCUCCCCUCCACUCCUGCUCCCUCCGAUCGACCAUGAGCAUCUCUGUGAACGGGCAGUCGGAGGUGCCGCCGGGGUUCCGUUUCCACCCAACGGAGGAGGAGCUGCUCACCUACUACCUCGCCAAGAAGGCGGCCUCGCAGCGCAUCGACCUCGACGUCAUCCGCGAUGUCGACCUCAACAAGCUCGAGCCAUGGGACAUCCAAGAGCGGUGCAGGAUCGGCACUGGCCCGCAGAACGACUGGUACUUGUUCAGCCACAAGGACAAGAAGUACCCGACGGGGACGCGCACCAACCGCGCCACCGGCGCCGGGUUCUGGAAGGCCACCGGCCGGGACAAGGCCAUCUACUCCGCCUCCGGCUCCGGCACCAUCGGCACGCGCAAGACGCUCGUCUUCUACAAGGGCCGCGCCCCGCACGGACACAAGUCCGACUGGAUCAUGCACGAGUACCGCCUCGAUGACGCCGCAACCCCGGGCAACAACCCCGCCAACCCAGCCGCCGGCAACGCUAGCUACCACUCCGGCUCCUCAUCGCCGAUGCGCGGCGUGGUGCAGGAGGACGGGUGGGUCAUCUGCAGGGUGUUCAAGAAGAAGAACAUCGUCGUGCAGCACCAAGUAGGCCAGAACGGCGGCGGUGUUGCCGCGGCGUCCAACAAGCUGGUCGGCGUCGGUGCCAUGGAGCGCGGCCGGAGCAACUGCUCAUCGACGGUGGCCACCGCCAGCGACCACGCCAAGGCGACCCAGAUGCAGCAGCAUCACGACGCGCUCGACCACAUCCUCAACCAGUACAUGCAUGGCCGCUCGACCACGACCCCGUGCAAGCAGGAGACCAAGCCCACCAACCCAUCAUCGCCAGCACUGGACGACCUGAUCGACAGCGCGUGCCACAACCGCAACAGCACCCUAUACCAAAAGUUCAUGAGGCUGCCGCAGCUCGAGCACGUCGUCCCCGGCGGCCUCCUGCCGCUGCCGAGCAAGUACGGCAGCGACUGGGACGCUCUCGACCGGCUCGCAGCCUACGAGCUCAACGGCCUCUCCGACCCCGCUUCGGCCAAGACGAUGAACGGCAUGUCCAUCGUGGACGAGCUCGGUAGCGCCACGGCUUACUCCGGCGGUGACACGCUACACGCUUCCUCUGACACCAGCGACGGCGACCUGUGGAGCCUGGUGCGGUCGGUGUCAUCGCUACACGCCGACUUGAAGAUAACCUGUUUUAACGCUGUCGGAUGCUGACCCUAUGCUAGUCCAAACUUACUUUUUUACAAGGACAUUUUCAUAUAUCAAGUUAAUACAAU